AUGCCCAUGUCCACCCACGCGACGGCCGGCCAGUCGUCCUUCUCUGCGGGCGUCAAUGACACCAUCUGGGCCAACCACCAGCCCUUCUCCCCGCCCGACUCUGCCGCCUCUCUCUCGCCCUCACUAGGACUCCAUCUGUCGCCUACGACUAGCAUUGCUACCCACUCCACCAGUGUAGGGACCACCACUCCACCUGCCCAGACGCCUCAGUCGUCCGAUGGCAGCAGGGCCGGCUCCAAUGCCGGCCUCAAGAGCAGCCAAAAGGCGUCAUCCGGGGAUCAAACGAGAGCCUCGGUCGCCGUCGCUUGCGUCCAGUGUCGAAGCAGGCAUUUGAAAUGCGACGGCGGAGCCCAGUGCUCCCGAUGUAGGACCGAUAACGUCGAAUGCACCUACAUCAAGUCACGACGAGGUUGGAAGGGGAAGCGCAAGAACAAGGACGACAAUGCUGCGCCUGCCGCCCCUCCCGUCGCCCAUGCAUUGUCUGCUGCUGAGGUUGCCGCCAGCAAUGGUCACAUGUCCUCGCCUGACUACUCGUACAAUGGCGACGUGAACCAGCUCAGCCCGUUGCAUGGUCUCGGGGUUCGGACAGUUGCCCCGCCAGCUGCUCAGCUUAACCUCAACGGCACUGCCCGCUUGAACCGCUUCGGUCACCAUGGGCCCGAGACUGCCGUCCAGGCAUUCUACCAUUUCUUCUACAACUCACAUCCCUUUUGCUUACCCGAGCCAAGGCUACUCGACAUCUUCAAGGAGCGCCGGGCCCCUCUUUUAGAAUAUGCCGUCCAGUUCAUUGGUUCAAGCUUCCUGCCUGCUGUUCCUACUGCCAUGUAUCAGGAGGCACUAGAUCGCCAGAUCAACACUGGCAACUACUCGAGAGACGGGUGGUCGGUGCAAGCAAUGCUGCUUUUUGCCAUUGGUCUCCAUGCGCACAACCAGGUCCCCCGGGCCGCACAGGUCUUUACCAUGGCCCAGGACCUGACGCUUGAAAUCCGUCUCCACCGUAUCGAGUUUGCUUUGAUGAAUGGCGAGAACGACGCACAGCUUGAGGAGAGUUGGCGGAGGACGUGGUGGUCCAUGUACACAGCAAACGGCAUGAUGACAGCCGUCAACCCGGGCGUGCAGUUCAGGCUAAAGGAUGUACAAACAGACGUCCCGCUUCCUUGCGAGAACAUUCAGUACUUCUCAGGCCAAAUACCCUUCCCGUCGACUCUACAAGACUAUGACGACUCGGCCUUCCUGCCGUCGUUGGUCACCUUCAGUUCCUUCACCUACCUCAUCGACGCCAUACGCAUCCUAGGCAAAGUCUUUGAAUGUGCACGUCUCGACUCGACGUUUGAAUACCACGCCGUCGAUGUUGUCGACCAGUUCCUGUGCAACUGGCGGCUGCACCUCCCCCAGUCGAAAAUGGACAUUGUGAACAACGACGGCCACAUCGACGAGGUGCUCUUCCAAGCACACAUGGUCAAUGCAGGCAGCACAAUCAUGCUGCACCGGCCCCGAAGCAACCUGGGAUUCGGCAGAGUCGAAGGCGUCAACAUUUGCGUGCAACCAGGCCAAGUCCUGUUACCGACGCAGACGCGCGAAAUCCACACAGCAAAGUGUCUCACAUCCGCCGAAAACAUUUCUUCUCUCAUCCGUCUCCCCGGUAACUUACUCUACCACACGCCCUUCUUCACCUGCGUCGUCGUCAUGGCAUCAGUCGUGCAUCUCUCCUACUGGUCCUUCCUCGUGCCCGACGGCCAAGACGACAUCAUCAAGCAAUCCAUCCGUCUGGACGUCGGCACCCUGCAACAAUACUCCAACACAUGGCCCAUUGCCAGCGUAGUCCUCGGCCAAGUCAGAGGCGUAGCACAUACCCUGUUCAACAGCAAGAAAGCCAUGGGUAUCCAUUUGUGGAGCAAUAUCGACCAGAACGAUAUCAUUCGUAAUGUCAUUGAGGAGGGAAGCCACGUGCCACAGCAGCAGUAUGCGCAGUUGAUUGCUCCCAUGUUGAAGUCAUAA